AUGUCAAGUUCUUCCGCAGCAGAAAGAACAGAAAGACAGACCUCUGCUAGUUCUAGCAUGAAAAGUUGGCGUAAUAGUAAUAUUCGCAGAGCCGCAUUAUUUCGCCUAGUUCUUCAACAGAGAUCAAGAAAUGAAGCAUUAUUUGCGGGUCCAAGGCAACAUGGACAUUUGUUGCGCAAUAAUGAACAAUCAUUACCACCCAUUCCUGACCCUAAAGGAGAUGCAUUAUUGAAAUCUGGUGAAUUCGGAUAUAUUGAAAAAUAUGAAGGGUGGGGUUCAUUGGGCCAAUUGCCAUCCUCAAAAAAUAUCGUACAUAAGCUUCAAUUCCGCGAAACUUAUCCAAUCCAAGUUUCGCCAAUGUCUGUUGCAAAGAAUUUUUAUCCAAACACAAAUGGAGAUGUCGUGGAUUACUUUGCAGCACCAGCUUAUUCGGGACAAUAUUCAUUGGAUGGCACAUUUUUUUAUGCUUGUUGUCGAGAUUUUUGUGUAUAUAUUUAUGACACGACAAAUCCCACGAAAUUCACACAAACCAAAGUUAUCAGAAGCGAAACGGGACGUUGGACCAUUACAGAUGCCAAUCUCAGUGCAAAUAAUGAGUGGAUUGCAUAUACUAGCAUCACGCCCUAUGUAUACGUUGCAAAGACAUCACCCCAUGAAGAUUUUCAGACAAUGCUAAAUUUCGCGGAUAAUAGAUCACAUGAAGAUUUUGGACUGUGGUCUAUUCGUUUUUCAAAUGAUGGCAGAGAAUUGGUUGCUGGCAGUAACAACAGAAAUAUAUAUGUAUAUGAUAUAGUAGAGAAAAAAGUAAUCCUUAAGAUUAAAGGACAUAACGAUCAUGUCAAUGCUGUGUGUUUCGCUGACGAGUCUUCGAAUAUACUUUAUAGUGGUAGCGAUGAUUCAAUGAUCAAAGUAUGGGAUAGAAGAUCAAUGCACGGUAAAAAACCAAGUGGUGUGUUAAUAGGACAUCGAGAGGGGAUAACAAAAAUGAUGUCGAGUGAUAAAUUCGGCGAGUUAUCGGAGGAUGAUAAAGAUCUUCGACUUGAAUGGGAUUAUAGGUUUAUGGAAUACCCUGGUAAUAAAUACGAUACGCAUCCUCAUGAUGUGUCGGUAAUGACUUACCGAGGUCACAGAGUGUUAAAAACAUUAAUACGUUGUUACUUUUCUCCGACGUAUAGCACCGGUCAAAGUUAUCUUUACACCGGUUCAGAAGAUGGAAACGUUCACAUUUACAGUCUAGAUGGACGCAUUAUACAAAAACUUGAUGUAGACGCCGCUGUUCCACGUAACGCUGAACCUCGGAGACCGCGUCGAACCUCGGGUUAUUAUGAUAGACCAGUAACAAGGGAUGUUAGUUGGCAUCCGUAUUUGCCAAUAUUAACAUCAACAAGUUGGUCAGGAGCAGAUCAAAAUAUGGGUGUAAUCAUAUGUCAUUCCUAUAAUGAACCUGAAGAUAUUUAG